AUGAGCGCACCAAGUCUCCGUUCAAAAUCUGGAUGUUUUGCUUGCAAACGCCGCCGCAAGAAAUGCGACGAGUCCAAACCCACAUGUCUUCGUUGCGCCAAGUCUGGAUUGGAAUGCCGCUAUGUUGCCCCUCCUCAUGAAUCAAAAUCAAGAAUAAAAACUCGGUUUAUAUACGAGUCUCCUAUGAUGGCCGGGCCACUGGCAUUUGACCGCCAACAGCGUAUCCCUCAUUCGGCUGUCCCUCCAUCUCCUCCUUCACCACCAACUGCCUUGGCUUGCUUUUUAGACCUAGAGACCGAUACCAACACGGCAAACGAAUUAUAUUUUCCGUUUGUUCACUCGCCCUCCGAUCACCUUCUUGACUUUUCUCUUCCACGCGACGAUAGUUGGCAUCCAACACUUGUUCAGCCUUCGUCGUUUCGAUCUCGACGUACUGGUCAAACCCUUGAUCAAAUACCCACUCACCCGGAACAGGUUGCCGAUCAGCUAGCGCUUGUUUUAUCACCAAACUCUGAUUCUAGCACGCCCUAUGGUAGUUCUAGUCAAUCGCGAGCAAGCAGACCGCCGUCGGAUAUAUCCACUGCGUCUAUGACCGCCGGCCAAGCCAGUCUGUUCCAAGCACUCUUGAGUCUCGCUCGACCUGAGGACAGCCUGGUAUUGUCAGCAUUUGAAAACUUGUCCUGUGAUUCACAAGGCGCUGGAUUGCCAUCUCCUGAAAGUGAUCUGGAUCCCGAUCCUCUGGUUAACGAAGACCGGGAGGAACACGACCUGGAAGGGAUUGAACGGAAUCUGUGUAUCGUUCCAACUCUGUCUCGUAACGCCGAGAGUAACACAUUAGCAUUUGUGCUGCAAAGCUACGCUCGAUGGUUCGCUUCGACGGUGUAUGAUCCACUACGGAUAGCGUCACAAGCAAAACAAGAUAUCAUAAGGCAGGUUACAAGCUCUCAGCCCACACGAACCCGGGUUAUUCUUGUUGCCAACGCCUUUAGAAUGCUCGGAAGUACAGUGGAUCUAAAUGCUAGAGGAGCUUCUCUUCUUACCGUGUUGCGUACCGAGGUCCACCAAGACCUUUCCCUUUUCAAAUCACGAUCCCCCAGUACUCAACGAGAGAGGGAUAUGUCAGCUGCGCUGCAGAUGCUCGAGAACAUUCUGGAGGUUGUCUCGGUCCACUUUUACACGAGCUCCCUUCCGAUUGUUUUGGAGCUUUUACAAGCCGUUGCCCCUGUAUUCCGACGCGCAUGUCCCGAGCCCCCUGAACAACUAGUCAAUCUUCCCCGAAUGCUUAUAGAGCCUGGGCUUUAUCGCCGCUAUUUCGCGGUCAUGGACGUUGGGCUCAGUGUCGUGACCAACCGGCCGCAGCUGUUUAGAUACGACGUUUCCUAUACGGCCGAGGUGCGCGAACGUAUGAUCAAACAGGACUAUACCGCGGACUUUGGCCUCGAAUGGCUAUACGGUAUUCCGGAUCGAUUCAUAUUGCUGUUUGCAUGGAUCAACGGACUACGAGAAGACUACUAUGAGGGAGAGGUCGACUCGGAUAUUGUCUUCGAGUGGAAGAGCAGAUCAAAAACGAGCGGGUUGGGCAAAACUUGCAUACUGCGACGGAUUCGGAUCCCGUUUUUAGAAUCCGGCGGCUAG